UGUUUUCCUUCCCCCGUCUUCAACAUGAAGGAAGUCAACAUGGCUCUCCCGGUGAGCAUGGGGGCUCUGCUGCAGGCGGACGUGCUGGAGGACGCCGCGUACCGGGACGACGGCCUGUGCGUGGUCGGUAUCUUCGGGAAGAGCAGCAUGCAGCCGGGCCCGCUGAAGGACUCGCUCAUCAACACGCUGGCGGACAAACACAUCUUCUCCGUGUCGGGAGACCCGGAAGACGGCGGCGGCUCCGCGGACAGCCUCAUCCAGGCGUUUUACCACCAGGAGAACCGCGUCCUGUACCUGCUGCUGUCCUCCGUGUGCGACAGCCGCCAGCUGCUGCGCGCCUGCCGGACGCUGAGCGCCGCCGGCAGCCACUCCGAGGUGCACGACUUCUGGAAGGGCCUGGACCGGCAGCACUGCCUGCACCUGCUCUACAUGUUCUCCGUGUGCCACGUCCUGCUGCUGGUGCACCCCAACCACACCUUCGACGUGUCCUACGACCGGCUGUUCCGGGCCCUGGACGCCCUGCGGCAGAAGGCGCUGCCUCUGAUCCGGGCUGUCAUCAAGGACUGCCCGGUGUCCAAAGAGUGGAAGCUGAACUGCAGGCCCUGUCCUCCCAGGCUGCUCUUCGUCUUCCAGAUGAACAGCUCGCUCAAGGUCUCAGGAAACGGUUCAGAGUCUGGAGGAAACCCCGACAAGCCCAAGAAGCACUCUCCCCGGAGGAGGCUGCAGCACGCCCUGGAGGACCAGAUUUAUCGCAUCUUCCGUAAAAGCCGGGUCCUGACCAACCAGAGCAGCAACUGCCUGUUCACCGUGCCGGCGAACCAGGCGUUCGUGUACGUGAUCCCGGCCUCGGACGAGGACCCCGUGGGGGCGCUGCUCAGUCAGCUGCGGUCCAACUGCAUCCUGUGCGAGCAGGAAGCCGCCGUGACCGUGUCGGGGCCGAGGCGCUACCAGCAGAUGAGACGUUCGGCCCGGCAGCCUGUUGGAGACCCCGGCGGCAUCUCGAUGGGCGGUCAGCUGGUGGACUGCAGCCUGAAGGAGUUCCUCUGGCAGCACGUGGACCUGGUCCUGACCAAGAAGGGCUUCGACGACAGCGUGGGCCGCAACCCGCAGCCUUCGCACUUCGAGCUGCCCACCUACACCAAGUGGGUCCAGGUGGCCUCCAGACUCCACCAAGUCCUGAUCAACAACACAGAGGAGGACAUAGCAGAGCUGGCCACCAAGGUCCAGAGUCAGGUGAAGGUGUUGGAAGGCUUCCUCGACGCCGACGCCAAGUUCUCGGAGAACCGGUGCCAGAAGGCUCUGCCGCUGGCUCACAGCGCCUACCAGUCCAACCUCCCCCACAACUACACCACCACGGUGCACAAGAACCAGCUGGCCCAGGCGCUGCGGGUGUACAGCCAGCACGCCCGGGGCGUGGCCUUCCAGCGCUACGCCCUGCAGCUCCACGAGGACUGCUACAAGUUCUGGAGCAACGGGCACCAGCUGUGCGAGGAGCGCAGCCUGACGGACCAGCACUGCGUUCACAAGUUCCACCUGCUGCCUCAGCCAGGUGAGAAACCCGACAUGGAUCACAACCCGCCCAUCAUGAACCACAACAGCAGGGGGCGCUCCACCAGCGCCUGCAACUGCGGCAGGAAACAGGCGCCCCGCGAGGAUCCCUUUGACAUUCAGGCCGCCAAUUAUGACUUUUACCAGAUGCUGGAGGAGAAAUGCUGCGGGAAGCUGGAGAGGAUCGACUUCCCGGUUUUCCAGCCCAGCACUCCCGACCCGGCCCCAGCCUGCAACCAGCUCCCCGGCGAGGCCUCGAGCUCCGGGGAGACCGACAGGCUGAAGGAGCCGAGCACGGCCCAGAGCCACACCCCCGGAGACACCAGCCUCAGCCUGGCCCUCAGCCUGGGUCAGUCCACCGACAGCCUGGGGCCCUACGGGGACGGGGACGGCGCGGAGACCCAGGUCCAGCAGAAGAGGCCGAGCCUCAUCGACCGCCAGCCCUCCACCGUGGAGUACCUCCCCGGCAUGAUGCACUCCGGCUGCCCCAAAGGCCUCCUGCCCAAGUUCUCCAGCUGGUCGCUGGUCAAACUGGGACCGGCCAAGUCGUACAACUGCCACACGGGCCUGGAGCAGCCGGGCUUCCUGCCCGGGUCCUCCUUCCUGCUGCCCUGGGACCUGGUGAUCCGCUCCCGCUCCGAGGACGACGCCGGGCUGACGGAGUCGCUGGACGGCGCCUCCUCGUGGCCCGCGCCCAACAAGUCGCUGGUGGGAAAGCGGGGCAGCACGGGGGGGCUGGGCAGGAGCCGCCGGAGAGACGACAUGGCCCGGGUCUUCGUGGGCUUCGAGUACGAAGACGGCCGAGGGAGGCGCUUCAUCAGCUGCGGGCCCGAUAAGAUAGUGAAGGUUUUGGGGCCCGGCGGCACCAAAGAUCCUGCCACCCGAGUGCUGAACACCGAUAUGCCGCUGUACAUCCCGUCCCCGGCUCAGGGGCGCAGCCUGAAGCCGCACUUCGCCCAGCUGUCCCGACUCUUCAUCGUGGUGCCUGACGCUCCGCUGGAAGUCACCCUAAACCCUCAGGUCCAGCCCGGUCCUCCUCCGUGCCCCGUCUUCCAUCCAGAGCAGACCGAUAUAGUGUUGCCUACCGACGGCCUUUGGGUGUUGCGGUUUCCGAACUCUUACGCGACGGACCGCGGCCCCUGUUACCCCCCCAAAGAGAACCAGCCACUCAGCAACUACAAGGUGCUGCGAGGAAUCCUGAGAGCCACCACGGCCAAUCCUCCGCCGCAGUGCUCCUGAGCCACAGCCAAACAGUCCAGCGGGGAUGUUUAAGAUAAAACGACAGUGUUGUGACGUGCUGCUCGUACAUCGGGCAAAACCAGCGGGUGUUCCAGCUCGACGCAGCCGUUUUCAGUGGUGCAAUACAGGCUUACACCACAAGGUGGUGCAUUGAGUCCCUCAAAGAAACACCUGCAAAAAAAGGGAACACAUCAGCGGCAGCUGCUUCACAGAUCUGUACUCGACAUGAAGAGGAGGAAGAAAAGUCCAUCAUCAUCAUACGUUUUCUUCUUUUUAAACAUUUUUACUUUUUUUUUUUUUUCCACCAUUUUUCUGAAACACAAUUACAAUUUUCAGCUCAUAUAUUUAAAGUGGCUCCACUCUGUCUGUCAGAGUCCUCAGAGGUGUAGCAGAACCUCUGGAGGCCAUGAACACUAAACUGGAGGUUUCUGUUUUGGGUUAAUGAGGAAACCAGAAAUUAAAGGAGGUUUAUGUGGAAUUUAGGUCUUUUCCUCAAGCGUCAAAAACCAGGAAAAUGUCUGUUUUAGGUGAUUAUUCAUUGAUACUGUAAAAAAAAAAAAAAAAAAAACAGCUGUAUGGUGACUAAUAGAGCUCUGUGAACGC